AUUGUUGCCACGCACACUUGUAUCCGUCGGACCCUCGUAUCCCUUCUUACGCUACCCGCCUCCUCCAACAACCUACUUCUCGGUUUCUCGACGUCUACGUACACAUACACUCAUCAUGCUUCACAAACUACCAACCGAACUACUUUGUGUUGUCUUGAAACACUUAUGCUACGAUGACUUGGACGAAUUACACAAGAUCUCGGGCCUCGAACCUAUAGUACGGCACCACCUACUUCGUCACUACCGAUUCCACUAUCAAGUCAGCUCGUUACUACGCAUAUUUGAAUCAUCCUGUGAAACAGAAGAGCGCCGAGACAACAUUGCCAAUCAACUUUUAGAUCUCAUUUGUCAUGCAGUAGAAAAAUGUCCCAAAUACGAUCAUCGGAACAAAUUCAGCGAUCUGCUUAAUAUUCUAGAAACCACGGUCGUGAAACGAAUCUUGGCUCAUGACAUUAUGCCUCACGUUGAAGACGAAUAUGCGUUACUGUGCUUGGAUAUUCGAUAUAAAUAUCUUCAUCAGCCUUCGAUUCGAGUACUCCAUGAUCCAAAAUACCGACGACGAAGCACAAAAUACCCCUUGGCACCGUUUCUGCCAAGAGAGUAUACCUGGGUCUGGCGACGUCAAUGUGCCAAUGCAGCUGAUUCCCUCUACAACAGUAAACGCAACAAACUGCUUAUGGCACCUGUCAAAGAUAAAGACCGACGACAAAGCCGUAUACGAUUUGCACGAUUUUUUGGCCAGCUAUUUAAAGUGACGAGUUUAUAUUUGGAAUCGAACCUGGAUGGCACGUUCGAAGAGUGUGUACGCGAGGCAUUAGUGAUAGGUGAUGUGGAAAGUUUAUUGGUAAUGUGCGCGGCAGCAGAACGACCCGUGGACGUUAUGCACAUGUGUAUGAUGGUGAAUAUGGCUGCAGAGCAGCUGUGGACGUAUCUUGAAACUUUCGAUGACUGGCUGGCGACGAAUCCUACACCGGAACAGAGGGCUAGGAUUGAACUAAAUGAACAGGCACAACAGCAACGGCAGCAGAAUAUGCAAGAGGAAUUGCCGCCUCCAGAGUGGUUGUUACCAGAUCGUUACAAGGUUGCGGAUGAUACCAAACUUCGACUGACUGUAAGGGGAAAGAAAGGCUCACUGAUCUUUAACAGUAAAUGUGUAUGCCAAGUGGAAUUAACUUGCUCUUUUGUUCUCACUACUAUUAGCUGAUGAAUGGCUUAUACAAGCACGGAUGGCGCUGGUUCGAUUGAUCUGAGCUUUUCCAUUCAUGAAACUAUAUUCCCUUAUCUCUAUUUUUUACCCGCCCCCAUCCACCUCAUCAUAUAAUAAUGAGCUAUCUACCUGUCAACCGGUCUCAUCAUUUGUAUCUAAUUCUGACAUAUACAUAUGCACCCAUCUUAGCAUCAUAUAUAACAGCGCAAACAAGGUUUCUUCUUAUUUGGAUCAACAGUGCUGCAUAUGGCAACUCAUGUUUCAAGCACGCUUUGACGGAUUAUGAAAUUGGCU